AUGAUUCGAUCAUUAGAAUAUGUUCAUGUUCAAUGUAUUGAUUGUUAUCCAUUAAUCAUAUUGAUUCAUCCACAAUUACUACAACAAUUAAUAAAAUGGUUAAUCGAUAGUUUUGACUUAUUUGAUCAAAGAUUUCGUUUUACAAUCGUAUUAAAUGAUUACUCACUGGAUAAUGAUGAUCAAAAUGAUCAACAAGUUAUUCAUGUUCGUCCAAUUUUAGAUGGUUGUUAUUUGCUAAACAAUGUUUAUCAUCCUCAAACCGUAAAUGAUUUUAAUCGAAUGAAAAUUUCAUUUCGAAAAUGUAAUUUCAAUCAAACAUUGAUUAAAAUUGCUGUAAACAAUGUGAUUCCGAUUUGUUCAAUCAAAAAACAACAACAAAUAAAUGGCAAUGGAACAAUAGAUAUGGAUCUAAAUCAUUCACUUGAUUUACGUUUGUUGAAAAUUUUAGCAAAACGAUGGAAUUUUAGUUAUCAAUUUAUUGAUUCACAACAGGAUUGGGGUACUUUUGAGAAUAAUAUUUGGACCGGUUCGAUUGGUUUGAUAAAAAAUAAAACAGUCGAUAUGGGAAUGUGUGGAAUUUCUCAUACUUAUUCACGAAGUUUAAUUGUUGAUUUUAGUUUUUUUACCUUUAUUGAUAGUAUUGGAUUUUUAACAAAAUUUCCAGAA